CCGCUCGGUCCAGACUCCAUUUCCCGGUGUCCCUCGCGGUGCAGCGGGGUGUUAGGGGGGUUGUAGUGCGGCCGCUCUUCGGGCUGGUCCAGCUACUUCGACCGGCAGGAUGUCGGAGGUGCGGCUGCCACCGCUACGCGCCCUGGACGACUUCGUUCUGGGGUCGGCGCGUCUGGCGGCUCCGGAUCCUUACGACCGGCAGCGAUGGUGCCACCGCGUCAUCAACAACCUCCUCUACUACCAAACCAACUACCUUCUGUGCUUCGGCUUCGCACUCGCUCUGGCCGGGUACGUGCGCCCGCUGCAUACCCUCCUAAGCGCGCUGGUAGUGACGGUGACCCUUGGCGUGCUGGUGUGGGCGGCAGAGACUCAAGCAGCCGUGCGCCGCUGCCGCCGCAGCCACCCGGCCGCCUGCCUGGCCGCAGUGCUUGCCUUCGGCCUCCUUGUUCUCUGGGCCGCGGGCAGCGCUUGCACCUUCCUGCUAGGCGUCGCCGGACCUGUGCUUCUGAUUCUGGUGCACGCCUCACUGCGCCUGCGGAACCUCAAGAACAAGAUUGAGAACAAGAUUGAGAGUAUUGGUCUCAAGCGGACGCCAAUGGGGCUGCUACUGGAGGCGCUGGGACAAGAGCAGGAGGCUGGAUCGUAGGGGUCUAGGAUUUGUACCCAAGACCUGGAGAAUGCCACCCCCACCCUGGCCCUGUACCGGGACCCAGAGCCCUUUCCAAGCCCUUGAAAUAGAGGGCCCCGUCCAGUUCAGAAAGCAGGACAUCUGUGACCCUCCCCCUGAUCAGCUCCCAUUACCUAGGGGACCAGACUCUUCUUCAGCCCUGAACUUGAGGGCUUGGAUACCCGAGCAUCCAUGGCCAUCCUCAAACCCUGGACCCAGUGAUACUCCCCCACCUCCGGUCUGGGACCCACCCAUCUCCCACCCUCAGCGCCAAAGGUGGGAUCUGGGCCCAAGGCAUUCUCUUGAACCCUGGACUAAGGCUUUUCUAGACCCCCACCCCAGCUUUGAACCCAGAUCAGGGCAUUGCCAAAUCUUGAACCCAGGACCCAAGUGUUCCCAGCCCCCAUCAGGACAGAGGAUUCAGGCAUCCUGACCCUGUCGAACCCUUGGUUCCAGGUGACCCGAACCCUCUCCAGUCCCACUUGCCUCUCCAGCUCUGCCUAGUGAUUCUGCUCCUCUCUCCAACAUCCCACAGUGAUGAGGACCAAGGGGUGGGGUGGGGGUAGCCCUGACCUGGAAUGGGGCAUCUGUAUCAGUGUUAACAGCAACAAUAAAGACUGUUGCAUCUCUCAAGCCGA